GCGAGGGAGGAAGCAGGGCCCUGGGUGACCCCCUAGGGGGCCACAGAGGCCCCUUAGGCCGGGCUGGCUCGAGUGCCAUUCGAGGCUUCUUCUCUCCCUCGGGGAGGAAAGCCUUCCUGUGGGCCUCGAGGCUUUGGGCCCUGCCUGGAUGGCUCUCAGCAUCUCACCUAGGCCUCUUUAGCCCCCUUCUUUGCUCUCAGUUCUCCUUAGUUCCUCUCUCUCCUCUCUCUUUGUUUCUCUGUUCCUUUCAACAAUGUCUUCUUAGGCCACCCCCAUUAUAAGCCCUACUGAGUUUUCUCUUCUCCAUUUUUCUGCAUUUUCAUUGUCUGUGAAGUUUCUUUACUUCAUACAUUUGUCCUUUUAUUCUUCUCCUUUAUUCCUCCCCACCCAUACACACUGUUUAUGGAUUUAUCUUCAAAAGCCCCCCCCCCUCCUUGACAUUGUUUCCUUCCAUAGCUCAUGUUGUUAAUUCUCGUUGGUUUCUUGAUUAGCCCCCUGGCUUUCCCCAAUAUAAUUUCCCUCUUGAAAGCAUGAACAUGCUUGCCUCUCUUAUGCUGUGAUCUUAGGCUAGUGUAUAUGGAAAUAAUUUAGAAUGGCCAUCUCUGGGUUGGGAAGAGCCUGGAGAUUUGGGGGUGGGGGAGUGGGGAGAGUUGGGUUUGAGGAGGGAAGGGACUUAGCAGGGGUUAAUGCUAUAGAAUCUACUCUCCAAAACAGACAUUUUCUCCAGGGGAACUGAUCCUUGUCAUUUGGGGAUGUAGUUCCAGGAGAUCUCCAGGUCUCACCUGGAGAUUGGCAAAAAUAGAACAAGCCCCUUUGAGUUCAAUGGGGAUUAUUCCUGAGGAUGUGUGUGUAGUGAUGGUCUUCUGGAAAUGCACACUUUUGUAUAUCUUGUACUUGCAUGUCACAUCUCUCCAGUCUUCUAAUCCCUCAUUCUAUGGACUUCAUAUUUUUCUUUCUUGCCCCUUACUUAAAUAGUAGCCCCCCAUCCUAUCUGUCCCCUUGGGUUUCCUGCUCACAUCUCACCCUUUCCUACAUUUUCUCCAUUUUCUCUUCGUCCUCUGAACUACAAAAUUUCCACAAAGUAACUAUGUUAAACUUAACAACUGGUGCCUGCUUGCCAUUGCCUUUGACGCAGCCAGCCUGUUUAUUCUGUGGCUUCAAUCUACCACUUUGAACAUACAGAUCUCUCUAAAUGCAUCACGUCAAAGCUUUUGUUGCCUGCUUUUUAUCAAGAACAUGUUGAACUUAAAUGCUGUCCACAUUGCCCCUCGUAAAGCAUCUCCUGCCUUGGUCAGUAGGCCUAACUGCAUUUCCAUCCCUUUCCAGAGUUCUUCAGCUUGCUCCGUUCUAUUGCUGCUUGGCUGCUGUCGGUUCUCUACUAUUUCCCCAGGCUUCAUCAUCCUGUUUUGUGUCUGGACGCGACCUUGAGAACUUCUCUGCUUGCCUUGGGCAUUCCGUGGCAAUGUCGUCUCCCCCAGCGCCGCCAGCUAAAAAGCGCAAGAUGAACUUCUCGGAGCAGGAAGUGGAGAUCAUUGUGGAGGAGCUGGAACGGAGCAAGCACCUGCUGAUCAACCACUACAAUGCUGGUGUGCCGCUGGCCGCCAAGGCAGCUGCCUGGCACAACAUCCUGCGACGUGUGAAUGCUGUGACCACCUGCCAUCGGGAGCUGCCUGAGGUCAAGAAGAAGUGGUCGGACCUCAAGACGGAGGUGCGCCGUAAGGUGGCCCAGGUCCGAGCUGCGAUGGAAGGAAGUGGUGAUGGCCAUGAUGGAAACGGCGAGGGCCAGGAUGCUGAGGAGCCGACUGGUGCAACUGCUGCGCCAGUGAUACUCACUCCCAUGCAGCAACGCAUUUGUAAUCUUCUUGGGGAAGCCACAAUUAUAAGCCUGCCUGCUGGAGAUUGUACUGCUGCAGAUGGAUCUGAAAUUCCUAUCACAACCGCAGCCACUACUGUCACUCUUACGCAGAUUCCAGCAGAGACAACCUACCAUAGUUUGGAGGAUGGUGUUGUGGAGUACUGCACAUCGGAGACCCCCACCACCGUCACCGCUGAAGCACCCUUGGAGAUGAUGGCCCAGCAAGCCGAGGUCUCAGUGAAGCCCCAGGAGCUGAAGAGCAGAAUCGCCCUCAACUCGGCCAAACUCCUGCAGGAGCAGCGGGUGACCAAUCUGCACGUGAAGGAGAUCGCCCAGCAUCUCGAGCAGCAGAACGAUCUGCUGCAGAUGAUCCGUCGCUCGCAGGAGGUGCAGGCGUGUGCGCAGGAGCGCCAGGCCCAGGCAAUGGAAGGGACACAGGCUGCUCUGAGCGCCCUCAUCCAGAUCCUUCGCCCCAUGAUUAAGGACUUCCGGCGUUUUCUGCAGAGCAACUCCGCAGCUCCUUCCGUGGCCUCAGACCCAAGCCAGACAGCCAAAAACGGACAGCAAGACGGCAUCAUCCAAUGAAAUGAAGCCUGACUGGAUGGACUUUGUGGAGAGAAGCAGCCCGCCCCACCUUUGCUAGCGUGAGCGAAUGGGUCCAGUGCCCGCGUUUAGAAACGGAAAGCAUCUUCUGGAUUCUUCUUCAGCCUGCAUUUUUUUGAAAGCAAUGUUAGCAUGGUUUAUGGAUGUGGCCUUUAUUGGGCAUACACAACAAAACUCUGACUUUUUAAAAGGAAAACAGAUUUUAUAUAAAAGAAGGAAGAAAUA